AUGGCAGAAACCGCCGUCAACUUGGUUAUACAGCAUUUGGUCCCAUUGUUAAUCCAAGAAGCACAAUUGCUUAAGGGUAUCCAUGAAGAAGUUGCAGGCAUCAAACGUGAAAUGGAGAUGAUUCAGUCUUUCCUCAAGGAUGCUGAUACAAGAGCUGAAAAGGAUGGCACGAGCAAUGUUGCAAAAACAUGGAUAAAACAAGUUAGGGAAGAAGCUUAUCACAUAGAAGAUGUUAUUGAUGAAUACAUACUUCAUUUUGCAAAACAGCCUCACAAGCGAAGGCGACGCUUUCAUUUCCUACAAAAUAUUUCUCACAUAACCAUAAACCUAAAACCACAGCAUGUGAUAGCCUCAGAGAUUCAAGGUAUCAACAAGAUACUAGACGGCAUCAGAAAGAGUGGUGAAAGAUAUGGCUUCAACACCAUAGGGAAAAGAUUAUCUAGUAGUGACACUAAAAGUGUUACAUGGCAUGACCCUCGAGUGACAUCCCUAUUCCUUGAUGAAUCUGAGGUUGUGGGCAUUGAGAAUCCUAAAGCUGAAUUGAUAGAGAAGCUAGUAGAAGGACCAUCUAAAUGCAUGGUGAUUUCAGUGGUUGGCAUUGGUGGCCUUGGCAAGACCACUCUUGUCAAGAAAGUGUAUGACAAUGAGAAGGUGACCACGCACUUUGAUUGCCACGCUUGGAUCACUGUGUCUCAAUCAUACAAGAUGGAGGAGUUGUUAAGGGAUAUGAUAAAUCAAUUUUACAAAUCAAGGAAGGAGUUUGCUCCUAGAGAAAUUGACAUAAUGAAAGAGACAUCAUUGAUUAAAGUAUUGAAGCAAUAUUUACGUGAACUAAGGUAUGUAGUAAUAUUUGAUGAUUUAUGGCAUACAGAAUUUUGGAGAUAUAUAAAAUGUGGUUUCCCUGAGAAUGACAAAGGUAAUAGAAUAAUAAUCACAACUCGAAGUGAGGAUGUUGCUCCUUCUGACAAAGAAUCUAUAUAUUAUCAUGUGUACAAACUGCCACCUUUAUCUUCAGAAAAAGCCUUAGAGCUCUUCUACAGGAAGGCGUUCCAACGUGAAGAGGGGCAUUGUCCUCCUGAUUUUAUUGAGUUGUCACGUGCCAUUGUUGGGAGAUGUGAAGGGCUGCCAUUAGCAAUUGUGGCUAUAGGUGGUAUUUUGUCAACCAAAGAAAAGGUUUUGCAUGAGUGGCACAAAUUUCAUAAUAGUCUUAGUUCAGAGCUAGAAAGUAAUCCUCAUCUCAUAAAUAUCACCAAAAUCCUAUCCCUUAGUUACCAUGAUCUACCUUACAAGCUCAAAGCUUGUUUCUUAUAUUUUGGAAUGUUUCCAGAGGAUUACUUUAUUAAUUGUGCAAGACUAAUUCGACUAUGGAUAGCCGAGGGCUUUGUAAAAGAAAAGCAAGGGUUAACAUUGGAAGAGGUUGCACAAGACUACUUGAAAGAGCUUAUUCAUAGAAGCUUGGUUCAGGUGGAGAUGGUCGAUUCUAGAGGCAAAAUUAGAAGUUGUCGAGUUCAUGAUAUGUUGCGUGAGGUCAUUCUUUCGAGGUCAGAGGAGUUGAAUUUUUGUUUGGUCUCAAUACAAAACUACUCAAGUUUUGACAAAAUUGCUCGACGUCUUUCAAUUCAGAACAAUGCAAAUGCUCCUUUACAGAGUAUUACUAGUUCUCAAACUCGUUCUAUUCUCAUUUUUGGGGUAGAUGAAGUGCCUAAAUCUUUUCUUGAAAUUUGUUUUUCAAAUUUCAAGCUUAUGAAAACAAUGGAUUUUGAAGGUGCCCCCAUCGAUUACAUUCCUAAAGAAGUGGGUAACCUAUUCCAUUUAAGAUAUUUAAGCUUGAGAGAUACAAAAGUACAAAUCCUUCCAAAGUCCAUAGGUGAAUUGCACAACUUAGAGACUUUGGAUUUGAAACGUUCGCUUGUGUCUGAGCUACCAGCAGAAAUUAGUGGGCUCUGUAAGCUACAAUACCUUGGUGCAUAUAUUGAAAAUUUUGAUACUGAAUUUAGUAUUGAUUCUCGACGAGGAGUAAAAAUACAUAGUGGCAUUGGGUGUUUACAAUCCUUACAGAAACUUGUUAAGAUUGAAGCCAACAACGCGGCCUUUAUAACAGAAUUGGGGAGUUUGAGACGAUUGAGAAAGUUUGAAAUCACUAAUUUGAAGAGAGAAAAUGGAAUGGAUUUGUGCACCGCAUUGGAGAAAAUGAGCCAUCUUCAAGCAUUGACUAUUAAUGGAACAAGUGAGGAAGAAGUGCUUGAAUUGCAAAUGAUGUCUUCUCCUUUGCCCCUCCUACAAAGUCUCGGUCUAUAUGGGCGACUAGAAAAGCUGCCGGAAUGGAUUCCCAAACACAAGACUAUAGUUCGAAUUUGUUUAUUUUGGUCAAGAUUAAUGGAUGAUCCAUUAAUGGUCUUGCAAGCCUUGCCCAAUUUGAUGAUUCUUCGAAUUUAUGAUGGAUACAUAGGUGAGCAAUUACAUAUAGAGGGAGGAGGCUUUCAGAAACUCAAGUGGCUAGGCCUUCAAAAUUUGGAAGGAUUUAAUAGGUUGACAAUAGAUGAAGGUGCCUUGCCUCUUCUUGAAACUAUUUCAAUUGGACCUUGCCCACAGCUGACGGAGGUGCCCUAUAGCAUCCACCAUCUGAAAUGCCUUAAAUAUCUGAUAUUUUAUGACAUGCCGACUGAAUUUGUUCUUACUCUACAACCAAAUGAAGGCCCUGAUUUUUGGAAAGUCACACAUGUUCCCUCUGUUCUUUUUUGGUAUAAGAUUCAAGGGUUACGACACAAAAGCUACAAGCUUGGUGAUCCAGAGUUGUUAGACCGUUUGCGAAGGUGA